GUUAACUCUAUGAGUUUUUAACAUUUUAAUGUUUUAUUUAGUUAUUUCCGUUUAUUUCUGAACAGGAAAUUUAAAAAGAGUUGAACGUGUUAUGAAGUUGAAACAUUUACAAACAUUGGUAGAAGUAGAAAAUGGACCAUGUCGAGUUUUGGCUGUUGCGUGGGCACCAAAUAACCAAAAAUUGGCGGUGUGCAACAAUGACCGUGUGGUAUUGUUGUACGACGAGAACGGUGCGAAAAGGGACAAGUUUCCGACAAAACCUGUGGACCACGGGGCGGGUCGCAAAAGUUACACAGUCAAGGGUUUAGCAUUUUCACCAGAUUCCACAAAAAUAGCCGUCGGGCAAACCGACAACAUGGUGUUCGUGUACAAAAUUGGCGACAGUUGGGGAGCCAAAAAGGUGAUAUGCAAUAAAUUUAGUACACAGUCUCCUGUGACCUGUAUGCUGUGGAUGUCUGAAGGGCCGAUAAUUUACGGGCAAUUAGACGGCAAGAUACGAGCUGCCCACCACAAGACCAAUAAAUCUCAAACCCUUUACGCUUCUGGUUCAUAUGUUGUAUCGUUAGCUUCUAAUACUAGGGGUACUGCUUUUUUAUCCGGUCAUGCUGAUGGCUCAAUUGUACGAUAUUUUUUGACUGAAGGAUCAUCAAACGAACCACAAGGGCGCAUCGUUGUACAUCCGGUUCCGCCGUAUGCAUUGUGUUGGGCUUCCGGGUACAUAAUUGCGGCUGGAUGCGACUGUACAGUACAUUUUUACGACCAAAACGGACGGUCUAGUAGACAGUUCGAUUACUCGCCGACCGGUGGUUGUCAGAAUCAAAAAGAAUUUACAGUAGCUUGUUGUAGUCCCAGUGGACAGGCCGUUGUACUUGGAAGUUUUAAUAGACUUCGUUUAUACUCCUGGAGUCCAUCAAAAUUAACUUGGGAAGAGGAAAACACUUUGUAUGUUGAUAAUAUUUACAUUAUUACAUCAUUAGCAUGGAAAAAAGAUGGUUCACGUUUAGUAUGUGGUACGCUGUGUGGUGGCGUAGAAGUAUUUGAAUCGGUGAUUAAACGAGCAGUGUGGAAAAAUAAAUUUGAAAUGACUUAUGUUGGGCCAAGUCAAGUUUUAGUAAAAUCAUUAAAUAUUGAAGAUAACCAACAAUCACAUCAAGGUGUUAUACUAAGAUCACAAUAUGGUCAUGAAAUAGAAGAUGUCCGUGUUAUGGGUGAUGAUCGAUAUUUAGUUGGUCGAACUAGAGAUACAUUACUUUUUGGUGAUAUGGAAAGGAAUUUACUAAGUGAAAUCGUUUGGCCGUACUCAGAACAGAAUGAAAAAUUUUAUUUUGAGAAUCCAAGUGUUUGUAUGAUUUUCAACAGUGGAGAGUUGACACUCGUGGAAUAUGGCAAUGAUCAAAUAUUAGCCACAGUUCGGACCGAGUUUGUAAAUCCUCAUUUGAUCAGCGUACGGUUGAACGAACGAAAACAAUUCAAUUCCAACGAGGACAAUAAAAAGCUUGCCUAUUUACUGGACCUAAAGACAAUUUGUAUUGUUGACCUAGUCGUCGGUGUAGUAGAUCUUCAAAUUGGCCAUGGUUCAAAAAUCGACUGGCUUGAAUUAAAUGAAACCGGACACAAAUUGUUAUUUAGAGAUAAAAAUGCCACACUCACGUUAUUAGAUGCAAGGACAGGCCACAAAGAAAUUCUCUUGAAUGGUUGUUCUUUUGUACAAUGGGUAAUUGGCAGUGACGUUGUAGUAGCUCAAGGACGACAUGGAGCUUGUGUAUGGUACAACAUCGAUACGCCUGAUAGGGUAACUGUAUUAUCAGUAACUGGUGAAAUAACAUCAGUUGAGAGGGAUUCCGGAAAAACUACAAUUUUUAGUCAAGAUGGUGAAAAGCAGUGCACUUAUAAUCUCGAUGAACGUCUAGUAGAAUUUGGAACUGCUGUACAUGAUAGCGAUUUUGGUCGCGCAAUAUUAUACUUAGAAAGUUUAGAAGAUAGUGACGAUCAUCAAUAUGAAGUCGACGGUAUGUGGCAGAAUUUAUCAGACAUAGGAUUACAGCUCAUGAACUUGCCUGUAACCGCCAGGUGUUUGGCAGGCGUCAAAGAUUAUUGCAAAGCAUGGUAUAUACAAGAAACGUACAAGCUUGCAGAACAGUAUUCUAAAGAUAACAAAUGCGAUGGAAUGGAAUGCCCUGAAGUCUGGGCACGCAUAGCUGUGCUUAAUGGACAAUUUCAAGCUGCAGAAAUAUUAUAUUUAGAACAAAAUAAUGUGGAUAAAGCUAUUGACAUGUAUUUAUCAUUUAACAAAUGGGAUAAUGCUAUAAAUUUGGCAGAACUAAAAAAUCGAUCCGAUGUAGAUGAAUUAAAAUCUAAGUAUCAACUUUGGCUAUUAGAAAACCAUCAAGAAGAAAGAGCAGCUGAAAUAAAAGAAAUUGAAGGUGAUAUAGCAACUGCACUUCAACUGUACAUCAAAGCCGGUCUUUUUAAUCGUGCAGCAAAGUUAUUACAAGAUGACUUGGAACUUUUGGCACACGAUUCUUUAAUAGAACAGGUACUAACAGGAUUACUGCGUAUAAAUAACUAUCACGCCGCCGGAGAACUUUGCCAAUCACAAGGAAAACAUAGUGAGGCUAUGAAAAUUUACUGCGAAGGAAAUAUAUUUAUAAAAGCCGUCGAACUUGCUAGAUUUGUUUCCCCAUCUGAGGUGGUGAACUUGGAAGAGAAAUGGGGCGACUAUUUAGUGUCACAAAAACAACAGGACGCAGCCAUAUCUCAUUAUAUUGAAGCUGGAAAUACAAUUAAAGCAUUGGAAGCGGCUAUUGGAGCAAAACAAUGGAAAAAAGCAAUACAAAUAAUGCAGGUAAUUGAAGAUAAAUCAUUGAUGACCAAAUAUGGAAAACAGUUAGCCGAUCAUUUUAAAAACGUUAAUGAUAUCAAAACUGCUGAAAAAUUAUUCAUGGAGUGUAACAUGUAUAAUGAAGUUGUACAACUUCAUCUAGAAACAGGAAACUGGGAAAGAGCUCUUAGGUUAGUUAAAAACAAUCCAGAGUUGACUAAUAUGAUUAGUGAGUUCGAAACACACGGUAAAACUUUAGAAAAUGUGGGUCGCUUUAAAGAAGCUGAAAAACUUUACGUGGCAUUAGAUAAAGUAGAUUUAGCAAUUAAUAUGUAUAAACAAUUUCAACGAUAUGAUGAGAUGAUGUCAUUAGUCAGCAAAUAUCACAGUGAUCUUGUAGGUACGACACAUAUUCAUCUAGCACAAGAUUGUGAAGUUCAAGGUAAUUAUAGAGCUGCUGAAAAUCAUUACAUCCAAGCCGGGGAAUGGAAACUUGCUGUAAAAAUGUACCGAUCAUUAGAUAUGUGGGAGGAAGCUUACAAGAUAGCAAAAAAUAACGGUGGAGAACGUGCUGCAGAACAAGUCGCUUUUUUGUGGGCUAAAUCAUUGGGCGGCGACUCCGCUGUGAAAUUGCUCAACCGCUUGGGUUUGUUAAACGAAUGCAUAGACCAUGCAAAUGAUAGCUAUCAGUUUGAAUUCGCCUUUGAAUUGGCUAAGUCAGGAAAUGCCGAACGCUUACCUGACGUUCAUUAUAAAUAUGCUCUCGUACUUGAAGAUGACGGAAAAUUUCAAGAAGCGGAAUUUCACUUUGUAGCUGGUUUAAAACCUAAAGAAGCUGUUUUGAUGUAUACGCAUAAUCAAGACUGGGAUAAUGCAGAAAGAGUGGCUGCGGAACAUGACAAGAGUUCUAUUCCUGAUGUAUUGUUAUCACGUGCUAAAAUUGAAUUUGAAGCAGCUAAUUACUCAAAAUUCGAAGCACUUGUGUUACGUUGUCAAAAACCAGAGCUAAUAGUAAAACAAUAUAAGGAAAAAGGAAUGUGGGUAGAGGCGCUUAAGGCGUGCCGUGAAUAUAUACCAACAAAAUUGAAUGACCUUCAAGCAGAAUACGAUAAAGAGUGUGGUGCUCGGGUUACUAGAGAUAUUAACAGUCUAUUCGUUCAAUCAAGUCAAUGGGAACAAAAUGGAGAAUUUAAGACUGCUGUAGACUGCUUGCUCAAAGUCACUUCAAAAAACUGCAAAGACGAAAGAAUUAUUUUGAAAACUCUGAAUGAAGCAAUGCGAAUGACAUUAAAAUAUUUAGAAGGCGAUGAGUGUACUGAUACAGUUAAAAUACUAGGACCUCGGUUAAUGGAGUAUGGAGAACAUUUGUCGGCUGCCAAAGUUUUUAUAUGCGCUGAAAUGAUGAAGGAAGCAAUAGAUGCUUUUAUUGCAGGAGACUAUUGGUCAAAAGCCAGAAAACUAGCGUCGGAACUUGAUCCUUCUUUCGAGAGAUAUAUUUCGGAAUGUUAUAAAAAUCAUUUAAAAAAAGAAGGUAAGCCUGAACAGUUGUUAGCUGAUAUGAAUAUAGAGGAAGCCUUGGAUAUGUUGUCAGCACAAGGAAAAUGGUCAAAGUGUUUAGAUAUUGCUCGGCCACAUGGACAAGUUGUACUACACAAAUACGUAGCACUUUACGCCACCGAUCUUUUAAGAGAUUCUAAAGUGUUUGACGCAUUAAAUUUAUACACGCAAUAUGAAGCUCCUCCAUUUCCUCAAAACUUUAAUAUAUAUAGGCGUAUAGCAGUUGAUAUGUUUUCUAAAAGAGAUUUAGAUAAAACUGAAAGUUAUGACAUGUGGGCAAAGUUAAGAAAUAUGUUUUACAAUUUGAUGGAGAGUACAAAGCAAACAGAUCCGGAUUGCGGCAAAGAAUUUGAAAAAUAUAUGUUUAUUUCUCAUCUGUAUGGGAUGCGGUGUGCUUUUAGUGCCGUUUCAUCGCUGAGCACAUUGGUCGUGAAAUUACUGGUAGCUCUAUUGAGAUAUACCGACGUGAUACCCGCUGAUAAAGGAUACUACGAAGCUGGAAUGGCUGCACAAGACGGAAAACGGUAUGCGGAAGCAUUUGUGUUCUUAAACCAUUAUUUGGAUAUAACGGACGCCAUAACGGAAGGACAAAACGAAAUGGUGGACGACAUAGACUUACGUGGGACGGAUUUCCCUACAAACGUACCGCUACCCCAGUCUUUGUAUACGACCGCCGAACAACACGAGCAAGUCAGGGAUUGGAUCCUAACCAACGCUAUGGACCGAGAUACUAAUCAGAGCCUACCAUUGGAUCAUCGGCAACUGUAUUUAUCCAACUUAACAGCUCCAGAUGGUAGUAAAUUCUCUGUUUGUGUUAUAUCUGGGUGGCCAGUCAUUGAUACCAAAAAAAGUGCAAGUAUUACAUUUGAAAGUGGAAAGGUAGCAAUAAAAGACGACUGGACAAAAGUUAUGACAGUUUCAAAAACAAUUCAAUCAUCGAGUAUAAAACAAGUUAUAGAAUUUGUAAUAAAGUGGUGUGGACCUCCAGCACAACAAUACUCAUUUCACUAA